AUGUUUCUCUUGCUCUCAAGCGAUGGAUUUGUUCGUUUGCCAACGUUGAUCCUGUUUGGCAUGGCUUCGAUCGCCAUGGACGAACAAGACGUAUUCGAGACAACUUUCCCUGAUUGGGAAUGUAAUAUUACAGAAAAUUACACUCCGUCUCAAGAAGACUAUUACUUACCGCAGAGCAGUUGGUUAUUUGAAGAAGAUCAGACCAUUCCGAACAACAAGGAACAGAAUUCCUUGGAUCGUAUCGGUUGGCAGCUAUACUUUCCGAACAAAGACAUGCAGGUGUCACGUACAAUAAUCAAACACAUACGAAGUCUGGAGAAACACUAUCAGGAUUUUCGUCACGACUAUCCCCUGUCGGAAGUGGAGCAUUGCAGGAGCUUUGAAUUUAAGCUUCAGCUUGCUAAGAACGAUCCAAUUCUAAAGGAUACGUGGCCAACGUUGGAAAAUGAUCUGAAAGACUACCCUGAGUACACGUUGGCCUGCAUCGGUUUGGCUAUGUAUCGUAGUGUGGUGGCAUACUGUACAGCAAGACGAUUCUGUUCGUCCACCACCAAGAUACCGAAGAUAUAUCCACGUUUGGAUUACUUUGGUACAGUGAAAUCAAUUGGCACAAUCAAUUCAUCUUGUGCAGGCAAACUAGUAACUGUUCGUGGGAUAAUUAGACGUGUUAGCCAACAUUACGUAAAUGCGUCGUCGAGUACCUACACAUGCAAAUACUGUGUAGAUAAAAGAGUUUUUUCACAGCCGUAUGAAAUUGGCACCAAAAGACAACGGACAUGUUCAAAUUGCCUGGCAGAAGGUGAACUUUUGAAACGGAAGGAAAACCAGCGGUGCAUUAUGGUUCAGGAAAUGGCAUUUUCUCUUGAUGUAAAAGUACCGGAUGAAAUAGCACCAAGCUUAGUACCUGGAGCGGAUGUGCUCGUAACGGGUAUAGUAAAUGUGGAUAUGUCGAAAAUGUACUUGCAAGCGGUUUGCGUACACACCAACAGUACUGGACCAUUUUUGGGAGGUCACGAUUUUGAGGUUAAACCGAAGUUGAAAGCAACCGAUUUACGAGCAAUCAAAGAAAUUCAAUCUGAACCGUUACCAUUGAAGCUACUGGUACAAUCACUCUACCCGAACAUGAAAGGAAUGGUAACAAUUAAAGCUGGGUUGCUACUUGCACUAUUCAAUACUAGUUGGGACACGCAUGUACUUUUGACAAGUUCCGAUAAUGAUAUUAUGCGACCUCUGUUGAAAUGCUGCCAGUUUGCAUCACCCAAGGCAGUGCUGUGGAAUAAUUCAUUCCAAAAGACUGAUUUGGCCCUGAAACGUUCUCAAGAUGGUCUGGAUUAUCUGGCCGCUGGUCCUUCCGUAGCAAAUGACUACGGUUUGUGUUGUGUUGAACGAAUCGAUGAGCUAGAUAGUUUAGAAACCAUGGAGAAGAUACUUAUUUAUGGUUCGAACAAUGUUAAAGUACAUAAAGGAACUACCUUGUUAGCAACAGCAUCACCCAGUCAAGGCAUAUUUGAUGCAAGAAAACCGUUUUUGGAUAACUUCACCAUACCAAGGGCGAUUAUCGAAAGAUUUGCGCUCGUGUUUCGAAUGGAAGACACCAUCGAUCCAGAGGAGGAUCUUGUUUGCUUCAACGGUGUGCGCCUUCAUCCGGAAACCCCAUCUGAAACUAAAUGUAGUGUAGAAAUUCCUUUGGUAAGGAUGCUGAAGCUUCAACCUGGAGAGUAUUUCGAUCCUUUGCCUAUUGAACUGCUGCGAAAGUAUAUAGAUUAUGCACGUCAUCAUUGUAACCCGGAGUUUACCGAAGAGUCGACGAAACUGUUGGAAAGCUUCUUCUCGCAAAUGUAUUCCAUGCCCCAGUGGUUAAACAUAACGAACGGAAUGAAAAUGACACAAAUUCAAAACAUGGUUCGGGCAAGGGCGCGAAUAGAUCUUGCUGCGGAAAUAUCGGUGCAGCAUGUGAUGGAUACGAUAAGGAUUGUAAGUCGCAGCUGGUACGAUAAGUACGAUACGGACGACCGUGAUCCGGUGGUGAAAUUGCCAAAGAAAAUGGGAUCAGUGAAAGCAACUACGAUACGAAAGUUUUUGGAUGUUUUGCGAAGUAAGUCCGUGCAGUUAAAGUGCAAAUUAUUCACCAUGAAGGAUCUGCGCCAGCUGAUGCAUGAAAUUGGUAUGUCGGGCGUUGAAGAUGAGAUCGUGGAAAGACUUAACAUCCAAGGUUACCUGUUGAAGAAAAGUUCGGGUUGCUACGAAUUGUUUGUUUGACUAG